ACCGGCGAGCGGUCGGACAGUUUCAUCCGCGCUUGUUUGGUAUUGCAGUCGGACGGCACCACUCGCCAAAUUCGAAAACGGGUUCCGUGCACACAGUCUGUGCGUGUGUGUGUGUGCCUUCUGGCUGGGUCUUUUCUGAAUUCCCCGGUGCCGAAACGACGGACCGAACGGGUCACACUGAAGUCAUUCUUCCGUUUCUUUUGGCGUAUCACCGCAGGGCUGGGCUGCUUUGAUUCCCGCUUGGAAACGUGGCAAAUACGGUGAUUUUUGUGUGUGCAAUUAAAGUGACGUCCACAAACCAAGUGUGUGUCCGUGUGUGCGUGUGUGAACAUUGCGUAGGUGGUAAAUAUCUAUUCCCUUAGGAAGGAAGCAUAAAACGUAAGGACCACCACCGACCACCAACAACACAACGAAAGGAUGGGGCUGAAGGAUUGCACGAUUGAGUUGGAUAAUCCGUACAACACGUACUAUGCCGGCCAGACCGUGAAUGGUCGAGUUACGUUUACGUUCGAUUCGCCGAAAAAAAUACGGGGCAUUGUAAUAAAGUUCGCCGGCGAAGCGGAAACCAAAUGGAGCGAAACGGAGACGAAAACCGAUCCGAACGGCAAGCAGUACGAAUCGACGACGAACCUGACCGGGCAGGAGGAAUACUUCCAGAUACAGUACUACCUGCUCGGUGGUAAGAAUGCGGCCGAAUCGGAACUGCCGGCGGGAAUGCACACCUACCCGUUUACCUGUGCCCUGCCGCCAACGCUACCGUCGUCGUUCGAGGGUGAAUGGGGUUUCGUGCGCUACACCGUCAAGGUGACGCUCGAUCGGCCGUGGAAGUUCGACCAGGACAUCAAGAUGGCAUUCACCGUAAUUUCGCCCGUCGAUCUGAACUUGAAUCCGCGCGUCAAAGACCCGUUCAAGCUGGAGCUGGAGAAAAAAUUCUGCUGCUUCUGCUGCGCGUCCGGUCCGCUAAGUUUGAUCGUGCACGUACCCGUGACCGGAUUCGUUUCCGGCCAGUCCGUCCCGGUGACGAUUGAGUGUGACAAUGCGAGCAACGUGGGGGUGGAGAAGAUCACGAUCAAUCUGCGCAAGCUGCUGGCCUUCCACGUGCACACGCCGCGGCGCGAAACGAAGCGCAAGAAGGAGCUGGUCACUACUAUUUCGAUGGGACCGGUCGAGGCAGGCAACAGCCAGACGUGGCAACAGUUUCUGCAGAUACCGCCACUACCGCCAUCGAAUCUGGUCAACUGCGGAAUCAUUGAUGUCGAUUACGAUAUCAAAGUGGUUGCGGAAGCGACCGGCAUGCAUGCCAACCUGGACGGUAACAUACCGAUCGUGCUCGGUACGGUACCGCUCGAGUCGUUCCAGGCACCGCCACCCUACACCGAUAAUCCGCCGGUGUCGAGCGACAUCAUUGCGACCGAAACGGAUCCAUCCAUGCUGCCGACGCAACCCGUCAGUCCGGCCAGUCCACCGAGCAAUGGGGCGGGUGGUGCGCUCGGAUGGAACGUGGGCGACAACAAAGCCUACCCGAACAUACCUCCACCAACGUUCGCCGAAACUUCGUACAAGGCGCCAACCAUUUCGGGCAAAAAUGACUCCGAGUUCACACGCAUCGUUGGCGGGAUUGAGUACGCGCCCCGGUAUCCGACGUAUGCGUUUACACCCUCAGCUCCACCACCACCACCCAAUUAUUGAUAAACCGGGACAAUCCAGUGCGGUCCAUCAUAUGGUGCCUCGUUUCUUUUUGCACACCAAUUUUCACCCUCGAAUAGUUGACAUCUUUUGCGUACUCAUGAAGAGUACUCAGAUGUUUAUAAUAUAAAUAUUGAUUCCGUUCUGAGUUUAUAUAAAGCACUUUCGAUCACAAAUAUAUUGAUAAACCGAUCGGGAGAGAUAUUUCCUGCGGGGAAUGCACUUUUGUAACUAUUUUCCACGUGCGCACAAAAUAUGCAUGCGCUUCUCAUUCGCACGCAAUCAUUUUACACUUCCUGCUGUCUCUUUCAUAUUAUGCUUUACUUACACAAACACUCGCUUUUGGUCGAUCGUUAACCAUACAGUGUAAGCGUAGUUGUAUUGCUACUGUUUUAAACAUUAAGCUUGCUGCUUCCUUUUAAUUAGCCUAUACCGCGCAAGGCCAAAGGCCAUUAUAAUGCAACAUGUAGUGUAAGAAAUAUAUAAAAAAGGACAUUAUAAACUAGUUGGGCAACGUUAUAGCUCAGCACACAUUAGAACAGUGCAAACUUAUUGCACAUACUUUUCGGUUUCUAUAAACAUAUUUUGCAAAAUGUAAUCCUAGUUAUUGUGGAAAACUACAUCACAUAUAAGCCCAUCUCCUUAGGACACAUUCGUCACAAUCGUUUUAAGUCAGUUCUAAAGGUUCUUAGUCAUUUUGCAAAAGAAAAAAAAACUUUAUCUAUCUAACAAUUACUUCAGUAAACCAGUAAACCAAGAAGAAGAUGUAAUGUUGAACGGGAUUAAAGCGUGGCCGACAUAUACACAAACCUAGACGUAUUAGAAUGCAGUUGCCAAAACGAGAACGAGUUCCAGCUACUAAACAGCGAAACAAUGAAAUACGAUACCGUUCACAGCAACAGUGCCUACAAGUUUUAUAUUAGCUGCGCGUGUGAGCACUCGGGAAGCUCAGGAACCAUACAAACAACCUCAACUGAAAAGCAUAGGACUGGUACGAAGUAACUACACAUGUUUCGGUCUUUCCGAACAAACUGUCACAAUCGAAAGACUGGUUGGAUUCUGUCUACGCCGUGUGAAUUAUCCAUCUUCCAAACAUGUUUUAAUGAAUUGCCAGAAAGUGUAGGAUGCGACAAAGUGGUGUUAAAAACAUGGCAUCUUUUAAAAGUGCGCCAAACAUAAUUAACAGGUGCUGGAAGAAGGCGCGACAGCUAUUGAUAGUGGCUUCUUGAAACGUUUAAUGGGGUUGUCUAUUUUGAAAUUCAAUCACAGCUUAAAACAAUAUUUAUGAACGUUUCUGCAAACGAAACAUUAUUCGAUCAAAAUCACACUCAGUCGAAAGAAGGAAAAAAAACACUAUAUGUAACGAAUUGUGUGAUGUGUAAUAAAAUGAAAUGACCUAUAAAA